GUAAUAACGUAAUUAUAAUCCAGAAGGAGGCGUAUGUUAUAUAUUGCGCAAAGUUUUCCUUGUGAUGAUGAAAGGAUUGGUCGCGUGACUGUUUCUUUUUGAUAGUUCGUGUUUUGUAUAAGUUUCAUGGACGGACUUGCUCCGUUUCUCAUCAACUUUAUUCGCAUCUUACGCCUUUAUCAGUGAUAAAAUCGAGUCUAGAAAGUAAACAGCUGAUCGGUAAUCGUUACGAACUUCAAACAAGAGUGAUUUUUGUGAAGGUGGUUCAUUGCUUUCACUUUUAUUUUGUAUUAUUUGGAGUAGAAGAUUAACCUAUGGAAGAAAAACCGCCGCCUUAUUCUCCGCGAGAAGGUUAUCAGACUGGAGCUCCGGGUUUUACGGUCACGUCUUCCGCUCCACCUCCACCACCACCGCCACCACAGCAACAACCUCCCGGUUAUCAUACAGUAAUUGAAUCUGCUUUGCCCAAUUAUGGCAGCACAGUCUACGUUCAUCAGCAAACUAUUCCGCCCACGCAAGUCAUAUUUGUUGGUGGAUGUCCCGCUUGCAGAGUAAGAGAAUAUUUUUAAAUUCAUAAACUAUGACCUUUUGUCAACAGUAUAGUAUUGUCAACAGUCAAUAUAAUGUAAAAUAUAUACAAUGAAAGGAUAAUUUACAGAUUACAUUCUUGGAUUGCAUGCAUAAACAAUACAUGUAAGUUAAGACAAAUUAUUUCACAGAUAUACCUAAAUAGUUGGAAAGAUGCUUAAUAGUUUUAAAUGUAUAUUUUGAAUAGGAAAAAUGCAUACUAUAUAUCUUAGACUAUAAUAUUGUGAAAACAAUUUCUUCAGCCAUAUUUCUCAUCUAUACUUUCACUAACAUACCUUUGUAACAUAUUUAAGGAACACACAAUCUAUGUAAUCUUUGACCCAUAAGGAUUUUGUGUCAGAAUGUAAUGAGCUAAAACAAUUUUAAAAAAAUACAUAAUUCAUCAGUGAUGGCCAAAGCACAGAUUGCAAGCCAAAUGUGGUGCUCUCAAAUGUUAGUGUAUGGCAUAUGUAAUAUAUCUUAUCAGAAAUUUUGAAUGAAAAUAUUAGAUGAUACCUCAAUAUUUUUAUCCUUUUUGGAAGGAUACAAUGAUUUUAAUGUAAUUUAUCCCUUAUAGUACUGUCCAUACAAGAAAUAAACUUAUUUUGACUAACAAUAAUCAAGAUGUUGCAUUGUCACAGUACCAUUAACAUUAACAUAAUAAUUUUGCUUUCUUUCAUAUAGAAUUUUAGCAGUCUUUUAUUAAUCAAAAAAGUACAUUUUGGCUGUCAUUAGCAGAAAACAAAAAAUGCAACGAAAUUAGUAUGUACUUCUUCCAAAUUUAAAUUUUUAAAUAAUUUAUAGUCUGUUAGAAGUGUUUCUAAUAUACUAUGUUCAAUUUUCAAGAAGUCAAAACCUCCCAAAAAAGCUUGUGAAUGUAAUUUAUACCCUAUAUCAAAAAUUCACUUACAAAAAGUUAAUGCAUUCAAGCAGUAAUAAAUGCAUUUUUAAAAACAUUUACUUUUAUGUUAAUGCUUUACAAUGCUCACAUUUUUGUGACUCCAUUAUCAAGUACAGAGGAUCUGUGGACCUGUAUAAAAUUACAGUAUUAUAAAUGUUUUUUUAACAGCAAGAUUUUAUACCUAUGCACGAGCAUGAAAUAUACCAGAUAAAUAGUAUUAUGCUGAAAUAUUCAUUUGCACAGUCUUUGGCAUAGUGGAUAACUCUCCACUUAAACACAGUUUUAUAGAUGUUUGCUGGGCAUUGUUCACUCGCCUUUCUUAGUUCAAAAAAACCACUAAUCUGCUCCAAAACCAAACUUAAAACCAAAGUAGUGAGUAGGAUGUGUAGCAGUCUAUACAAAUAUCAUAAUACACAAAUUGCCAAGCAGAAUGAAGUGCAAAUGGCACAAAUGAGGCUGUGUUAAGUCAGUUUUGUGCCUGAUCUAAUGCAUAUCUCAAUUUUUUCAACUAGAAAAGUCCAAAUGGUCGAUUAGAAUAUAAGAAAAUAAU